AUGGCGAUUGCACCGGACAAAAAAAGUAAUUUUGAUGAUUUCUUGACGUGUUUCAUUUGUUUGGAGACCUUUACAGGGCCUAAAUAUUUACCAUGUCUCCACACUUUCUGCACGAAAUGCAUUAACACUUAUAUUCUGUCCACCGUGGAGAAGGAAAAAACUAAAGCGACCUUUAAGUGUCCGAUUUGUCGACAGAAUGUUUUGAUGGGAGAGUCAACAGGAAAUCCGGAGACCUGGGCUGAAAAAUUACCAGGUAAUCAUUUUGUUGCCUCUUUGGUGAAUAGACAAGCAAUACGAAGACACGAAAAAAUAUGCGAUGCUUGUAAUGCGAACAAUGAAUCGAAAAAUGCGUUCUCUUGGUGCAUUGUAUGUGAAGAGGCGUUUUGUGAAUCUUGUGACAAAUGUCAUAAAUCGUUCAAGAUGACUGCAAAACACCCGAUCAUGUUGCUGAAAGACAUUGUAACUAACAAAGAAACGGUAAGCAUUCCUUCGUUGAUAUAUUGCGAAGAACAUUCAGGGGAGGUAGUAAAGGCUUACUGCGUUGAUCAUUCUAAACCUUUAUGUACAUUAUGUGCGACUUUAUCGCAUAAAAAAUGCGAAGAUGUCAUAACAAUCGAAGCGGCGGCUUCAGGUAUAAAAAAAUCUGAAAAAGUAAUGGAAUUGUCUAGAGAACUAAAAGAAACAAGCAAACAGCUGUCUGAUUUAAUACAAAACAGGAAAGACCAUACGACCGAUUUCGAAAAAGAGGCUGAAGCUGCUCUUACAAAAGUCAGUGCCAUAAAGGAUAACAUUGUUAAGCAUUUAAACACAAUUGAAGAACAAAUUAAAGACGAAAUAAACAAAUCAAAAAAAGAAGUAGUUCUAAAACUUUUCGAAAAGUCAACAGAACUUGAAAGUCUGAAAAGUACUGUUGAUAACUUCAUUGCUAUAUUUGAUACCUGAUUACAUCAUGGAUCCGAACG